GGACAAACAGUCUCGGCCUCCGCCGCUAAACUCCGCCCUCGCAUACACGGCCGCGCAUCCAACACCACCACCUCGACUUGGCUGUUUUGAUUUGUCCCCGAGCCUAGGAUCCCCGAGAGCGCUUUGACGAUAUUCUGGUUUGCAUCGUUUGCGCUAUGGAUUUGACGGUCAUCCAGCCGGAGAUACCGGGGCUGGGGGUGUUUGUUUGGUCCGUUCGUGUAGAGAUAUAUAGUUAGGUACUGCGCCUCCGUAGCUGAACACGAGGAAGAUUUACCCCCUCAUCUUAUCGCGAGCAAUGAUAGUUCCUAUUACCAUCGUUGCAAGGAACGGGCGUUGAACAUAAAGGGUCGUCUACAUCUUACCUGAAACCCAACUUACCCUGACCACAUAUCUACCCAUCUACCUCUCGUUUGUUUGUAGCCGAGGAAGGAAGAAAAAGAAACACAGGCAAAAUGUCCACCAUGAAAGCGAUCCUGAUCCGAACCCCCGGCCCCCCCCACGUCCUCCAACUCACGCACGUCCCGAUCCCCGUCCCGAAAGCCGGCGAAGUGCUCAUCAACAUCAAAGCCUUCGGAGUGAACCGCUCCGAGCUCUUCACGCGACAGGGCCACUCGCCGGUGCAAUUCCCCCGCAUCCUGGGCAUCGAAGCGGUCGGGCUAGUGGCCGGGGCGGCGGCGGGCCUAGAACAGGCGUUCCCCACCGGGGCGAAAGUGGCCACCGUGAUGGGCGGGAUGGGCCGGGCCUUUGACGGCGGCUAUGCGGAGUACACGGUCGUGCCGGCGAAGCAGGUGCGGGUGGUCGAGACGAGUCUGCCGUGGGAGGUGCUGGGGGCGUUGCCGGAAAUGUUGCAGACGGCCUGGGGCGCGCUGGUGAGGUCGUUGGAUGUGAAGCGCGGGGACAGAGUGUUGAUUCGGGGGGGCACCACGUCGGUGGGGCUGGCGGCGGCGGCGAUCGCGAAGGGCAUGGGGGCCGUGGUGGGGGCCACGACGAGAAGGAGCGACAGGGAGGGGUUGUUGAGGGAGGUGGGCGCCCAGGAGGUCUGGAUCGAUGAUGGCGAGAUUGCCCGACAGAUUGGGGAUGCCGGUGAGAGGGACGGCGACGGGGGAAGCUAUUUUUAUGAUAAGGUGUUGGAGUUGGUGGGGACCGUCACGCUGAGGGACUCGUUGAGGUGUGUUAGGCCCGGCGGCGUCGUGUCCAUGGCCGGGAUUGUCGGCAACGAGUGGCUGUUGGAGAAGGUCAAUCCGAUGGAGUUGAUCCCUAACGAGACUAAGUUGACGCGCUAUGGCGGCACGGAGGAUAUCUUCGUGGAAAUGCCGUUUGGGGAGCUGGUCAGGCAGGUCGAGGACGGCUCGUUGAAGGUCAAGGUGGGGAGAGUGUUCCAGAUCGAGGACAUUGUCGAGGCCCAUCAGUGCAUGGAGGAUAACGCGGCUGAGGGAAAGAUUGUCGUCUUGACCUAGUACUGUUAGUUUGGUUUGCUUACGGGGGGGUUGUCUACAUGGACCGGGGUUGGUAGGAGAUUGAUUGAUGACAUUGUUGAUUGUUUGACCGAGUCGUUUUGGUUGAUGAAAUUGAAAGCAUGA